CCGACUAAAACAACGAAUCAAUAUGCCUAGCACGUCCUCCGAUUGGUGGGGUACGUUUCACCACGACCCAUGCCCUCCCUAAUCAAUUGCCAAGCCUCGAUCCCUAGCAUUCUCUGCAUUUACAGUGAAAGGAGAAAUUAGAACAGUACUGCAGCUAGUCUGGCGGACGGAUUUCACCUCGCUGCCAUGUCCGGAGCAAUGUCAGUGAAAUAUAUGAGUUGACCGUUUGCCUGAUGGCAAGUGCGGCCAACACAACACUCCACCAAGAAGUGAACACUGCUCACGAAUAUCCACCAUGCCUGACAUACAUAAAGCUGCUGUGUUUGUUGUAUCUGCACUGAGUGGUCUCUCGAAUGCGAGGGAAAUCUAUGUGUCGCCUACAGGCACUGGCAGCGGCACUUCAACGUCACCCUUUGGAUCCAUCCAAUCCGCAGUCAAUGCUGCGGCUGCAGGUGACACUAUCUAUCUUCGAGCCGGAACAUACAAGCCCGCGACGAAUAUUCAAUUCAAAACGAACGGCACUCGCACGUCACCAAUAACAGUUCGCUCAUACCAGACGGAGAAGGUCAUCAUCGAUGGCGAAGAUUUGCCUGGCACUCCGUACGGACUGGACGAAUCGCUGCCCAAUAAGGAGCGUGGCGUGUUCCAUAUCCAAAAUGCCAAUUACUGGAAGUUCUACAACUUAGAGCUGAUUAACGGACCAUACGGCAUCUACGCUCGUGACGCUUCCCAUAAUUAUUAUGAACUUAUCACCACACAUGAUAACUAUGAAACUGGCUUCCAAAUCGAAGGAGCUUCCGCGAACAACACCGUACUCUACCUGGACUCCUACCGCAACCGGGACCCGCGCAAGAACGGCGAAUCCGCGGAUGGUUUUGCCUGCAAAGAGGGAUCAGGCGAGGGCAAUGUCCUACGCAACGCGCGGCUUUGGGACAACGUUGAUGAUGGACUUGACCUAUUCAUGUUCGGUUCCCCAGUCACGAUCGAGGAAGUGUACGCAUGGGGGAAUGGAAUCAACCGAUGGGGGUUUUCCGACUUCAACGGUGACGGAAACGGCUUCAAGCUCGGCAUCACUGAUAAUCCGCCUGCAAACCAUAUCGUGCGCAACAGUAUUGCCUUUUCGAAUGCCAAGAAAGGCUUCAUCGACAAUGGUAAUCCUGGAAGCCUUACGAUGGAACGCAACACCGCCUGGAACAACGGCGACGUGGGAUUCAACUUCCGCAGCUCGAGCUCAACCCUCAAGUCAAAUAUAGCAGUUAGUAAUGUUGGUAGCUCACAGGUAACACUCGUGUCAACUGUCAAGGCUUCGGGUAAUUCGUGGCAGAGUGGGACGUGGUCCAACUCCAGCUUUGUCAGUGUGGAUCCAAGUACGCUGAAGAAGGCUAGGCUAAGCGAUGGGAGAGUGCCUUCGAGCGACUUCCUGAUCCCGAAGAGCGGAGAAGCACUUGGAGCGACCACGAAGUCUGACGUUUAAAAAUAGGACGGUGCUGCAUUUGUUUCCGAAACCUUGGAGGUCUGUAGGCAAGCAGAAUAAUGCCAUUAAAAAGUCCGGAGGCAUGAUCCUCUGUGCUUAAAUCAUUGUAGAGUUACUUUCAUGCAAUUUGUGCGUCGAAUCUUUUCUGCUUGACCACGGCGCAGCGAAAGCCUACAGUCC